AGUCGUGUGAGCUCAAGAUGUACGUCAGGUGUAGCUUGGCUUGCGUGCUGCAAGGCGCCGCCCUGCUGCUGCUGCUGCACCUGGCGCCUCGCGGCGCGCUUGGUGCCGCGGCGUGCGGCGCAGGUGCCGAGCUCACAUGCGCUGACAGGGGUCGGGAGGAGCACGAUGCCGAUGAGGAGGCCCUGAUCCAGGUCCGCCCCAGCGGCCGCGACGAGUCGAACCUGCUCUCGCGGCUGGUCGCCGUGGGCCUCGACGACCUCCCGAAGAAUAGCUCGAAUGCAUCCAACAGCUCCAAGGAUAUGCCCGAUGCAGUGAACAGCACCAUCAAGAGCGCGGUGGACAAGGCCAACGAGACCCUCCGCAGCGCCAUGGAAGCCGUGAACGGAGCAUUGGACUGGCUGACGGACGCCAUGAACGCCAACAAGUCGAGCAGCUCCAGCGGCGCAGCGGCCGUGGAGGAGGCAGAGCCCGCGAACGCGACCGCCGACGAGCUCACGAACGCCAGCGACGCCAGCGAGGCGCAGCCGCCGCGGGCGUGCUGUGCCGCCGUGACGGCGAAGUGCCUCGCCUGCUUGCUGAACGUGUCCGUCGAGGAGUACUGCCAGAGCGACCCUCACUCGGUCGGGUGCGGCGACGAGGUGUACAAGCACCGCUUCACGUGCGGCCUCAACUUGCGCCAGUUGUCAAAGACCUGGGUCGGGGCCGGCGGCGCCCUGGGGGCCGCCCCGUGCGGCGGGGAGGAGCCCUGCGGCGCGGCGGCGGAGGGGUCAAAGAUCGCUCCCUUCGGCAACGAGGAGAUGGCGGCGAGGCUGGAGGAGCAGGCGGGCAAGACGCAGGAC